AUGGGUGCGUCCUUGGUCAGUGGAGGACCUGUUUCGCUACUAUACGGUUUCAUAUUGGCCGUUAUUGGUAACCUCGCUACAGCCAUCUCUCUGGGAGAAGCAGCUUCAAUGUACCCCGGCGCAGGUGGCCAAUACCAAUUCAUCGGUGAGAUGAGCUCUGCAAAGUUCAAGCCAAUAUUGAGCUUCUUUUCUGGAUGGAUUACCUUGCUCGGCUGGGUCGCUUUGACGGCAAGUGCCCCUUACGCAGCUGGAAAUCUCAUCCAGGGCCUGGCUUCGUUAAGCAACCCGGACCUUGAGCCGGAACGAUAUCGCACGACUCUACUUUACGUUGGCAUCCUGUUGCUGUCCUUCUGCUUCAAUCAGUGGGGGAGUAGGAUCCUACCUUUGCUCGAGAACCUCAUCAUGACGCUACAUAUCCUGUUCUUCUUCAUGAUUCUCAUCGCCGUCUGCAUCAUUCCACCCAAGAGACACUCGGCUUCAUUUGUCUUCACAGAGUUUCAAAACAACUCAGGCUGGGAGAACAAUGGUGUUGCAUGGUGUCUUGGGAUGCUGACGUCUGCAUAUAUCCUAGUCGGCUACGACUCAGCAACUCACAUCUCGGAAGAACUGAGCAAUCCGCGGACUGGAGUGCCCCGUGCGAUGGUCGGCUCCAUUCUCAUUAAUGGCACCAUGGGAUUUGCUCUGCUCAUUGCCAUCCUGUUUGGCAUGCCUAGUAUCCAAGAGGCUCUCUCCUCAUCGACUGGCUUUCCCAUCAUCCAAAUUUUCUACUACAUGACGAGAGAAAACGCGGCGGCUGCGAGUGCCAUGACUUCGACCAUUAUCAUCUCGGCGUCUCUUGCAACUGUGGGCCUCACAGCCGCCACGUCCAGAACCCUUUGGGCCUUUGCUAGAGACGGCGGUCCGCCUUUUCACUCUUGGCUGUCUCAAUUGAAUGCGAGAAGUCGAGUCCCCACCAACGCUCUCAUAUUGAUCACAGUCGUCUUAGCUCUUCUGGGCUUGCUUAACAUCGCGUCGACAGCAGCAUUUGGCGCCAUCCUCUCACUGACCGUCGUCGCCUUGAAUCUCUCGUACCUAUUUCCGGUGGUGGCGAUCCUCUACCGACGACUCCGCACACCCGAGUUGCUGAUCUGGGGACCAUGGAAAUUGUCAAAAGCCUCUGGCAUCGUCGCGAACAUCAUAUCCAUCUGUUGGAUUUUGUUCGUCACUGCGUUCCUCCUUCUGCCUGCUUCAAAACCCGUAACGGCGUUGAACAUGAACUACGCCAGCGCAGUUCUAGGGGCGGUCGUGAUAUUUGCCGCAAGCGACUGGAUUCUCCGCGGGCGCAGACACUAUCUCGGAGCUAUGAUGCGUGAAUAA